AUGAGAACUCAAAACUAUUUCGUUAUUAUCACUACAUUCGUCAUUCUAAUCGUCUCCAGUAUUAGUAGUCCUAGUCAUGACCAACGUCAAGCAACAACAACAAUCGAGCGAAUCGAUUGCUAUCCGGACGCUGAAGCAAAAUAUUCACAUUUUUCAAAAGAUGCUUGUCUCGCUCGUCAUUGUCUCUUUGAUGAUAGUGCAAUUUCAAAUGUAAUUCAAUGUUAUCUACAACCUACUUAUGGUUAUCUAUUACAAUCAGAUGUACAAGAAACAACCACUGGAAUAAGAUUACGUUUACGACGAAAUCAACUCACAGCAAGUCCAUUUCCAGAACCGAUUGAAAAUGUUCUACUCGAUGUUCAAUACUAUACUAAUGAGAUACUCAGAUUUAAAUUGUACGAUGCCGAUUAUCAACGAUAUGAAGUUCCAAUUUCAUUAACACCCUCGCCUGGCAGAGCGUCAUCUCCACUAUAUGAAUUCAUUUAUUCUACGGAUAACGCUCGUGAUAAUCUGUUUUCGUUUGGUGUCAAACGUCGUGAUAAUUCGGCCAGUCUCAUCGAUACAUCAAUAGGUGGUCUUGUUCUGAAUAAUCAGUUUCUGCAAAUUGUCACUCGUCUUCAAUCAUCUCAUGUCUAUGGUUUUGGAGAAAAUAAUCAUGAGACACUUAAACACAAUGUUACACAGCGUAAAAUAUGGGGUAUUUUCGCCCGAGAUCAAGCGAUAAACUGGAAUACGAAUGCAAAUCACUACGGUACUCAUCCAUUUUAUCUUGUGAUGGAACAAAUAUCGAAGUUGAAUCAAAUUACAUCAGGUCAAAUGCAUGGUGUUCUACUGCUCAAUUCAAAUGCCAUGGAUUAUUCGUUUGGACCGGAGCCAUCAUUAACUAUUCGAACCAUUGGUGGUAUUCUCGAUUUUUUCGUUUUUCUUGGUCCUUCACCCGAACAAGUCAUUCAGCAAUAUACAUGGCUUAUUGGUCGAUCGUUUUUACCACCAUAUUGGGGACUUGGUUUUCAUCUGUCUCGAUUUGAUUAUGGAAAUUUGACAUAUAUGAAAAUGGUGAAUAAACGAAAUCGAGAUGCAGAUAUUCCACUUGAUGUUCAAUACGCUGAUAUCGAUUAUAUGGAUGCAGAGAAAGUAUUUACCAUCGAUCCAACUCAUUAUCAGGGUUUGAAAGAAUUCUUUUCUCAAUUACGCACUGAUGGAAUGAGAACCAUUGCGAUUCUCGAUCCCGGUUCAUUCGAUGAUCAAAAGUACUAUGCACCAACAAUUGAAGGUAUUAAAGAAGAUGUUUUCAUCAAAUGGGAAGAUGGAAGAUUAAUGAAAGGCACUUGUUGGCCAGGUGAACUCUUUAUGCCAGAUUUUUUCACGAAUCGAACUCGAAUAUGGUGGACACGCUGGAUCAAAAAUUUUCAUCGCAUUAAUUUGACAGUUGAUGGACUUUGGAUUGAUAUGAACGAACCAGCAUUGUUCGGUACGAAUGAUGAUUUUCCUUGGAAUUGGAAUUUGAUAGGUACAAAUUAUACAUUGAAAUGCCCGCAAAGCAAAUUAGACGAUCCACCUUAUCGUACUAAAGCCGCAUUUCGUUACGAUGAAACGAUGAAUCGAAUCGGUCGUCUUUCUGAUCGUACAUUAUGCAUGACUGCUAUGCAAGGUGAGAUUGAUCAUAAUACUGGAAAACCCAAAUAUCGUCAUUAUGAUGUACACAGUCUAUAUGGAUGGUCUCAAACGAAGCCUACAGUAGAUGCCAUACAGUCGGCUACUGGUAAACGAAGUAUGGUAUUACCUCGAUCGACUUUUGUUGGUUCGGGUCAAUGGGGUGGUCAUUGGCUAGGUGAUAAUGAAGCUUCAUGGUCUGAAAUGAAACAAUCAUUGAUUGGAAUGAUAGAAUUCAAUUGGUUCGGCAUUCCAUUCAUUGGUGCAGAUAUAUGUGGUUUUGAUAAGUCACCAACCGAAGAAAUGUGUAUACGGUGGAUGCAAGUCGGUGCUUUCUAUCCAUUCUCUCGUAAUCAUAAUAUAUGGAAGACACGUGAUCAAGAUCCAGCUUCAUGGUCUUCAUCAGGCGCAGCUAUUAUGGCUUUAGUUCUUCGUAUUCGUUAUACUCUUCUUCCUUACUAUUAUACACUCUUCUACAAAGCUCAUACUCAAGGUUCGACAGUCAUUCGUCCAUUAUUUCAUGAAUAUCCUACAGAUAAUAAUACACUCGAUAUCUUCUUACAAUUUCUCAUUGGACCAUAUAUCAUGUUGGUACCAGUAACUGAUGAUGGUGCUCGACAAGUUCAAGCAUAUUUUCCUUCAUCUGAUUGGUAUGAUUACUAUACAGGUGUUCGAAUACAUGCUGAAAAACAAUUUAUUACAUUGGAUGCACCUUUGAAGAUGACUCCAAUUUUUCUACGAAGUGGUGCUAUUAUUCCCACUCAAGAACCAGCAAACAAUACAAAAUAUUCUCGAGAGAAACCAUUUGGUUUAAUCAUUGUAUUGAAUGUUAGUGGAAAUGCCGAAGGUGAACUAUUCUAUGAUGAUGGUGAAUCAAUUGAUACUAUUCAAUCAAAAUCCUACUAUUAUGCGACAUUUCGAUGGUCUUCCUACGAUCGACAAUUGAAGAUUAAUGUCGUUGAAAACAACUAUGCUCAUAUGUCAAAUUUAAUACUAGAUUCGUUAACGAUCUAUGGAUUGGAUACAAUACCAAUAACUUUCACUAUUAAUGACAAACCAAUGCCCCUCAAUGGUAUAUUUUCGAGGCAAAUCUUUAAUGUAACAGGAUUGAAAUUGACAAUGGAUAAAAGCCAUAUGUUGUCCUGGCACUAUAUCAAUCAGACAGCUAAUGACACAUGCAGCCAACAACCUAGUGUACCUAGAAACAUUAGCAGUAGAGUUUUCAGAAACGCAGUAGUUUUUUUAUUUUUAAUAUCUCUUUUCUGUUUACUUUGUCGAUGAACAUAAUAAAUAUAGGCACUAUUUUAUUUAAUUAAGAAAACCCAAGAGUUCUCUUUCGUAAUGUUCAUUUUAACACGUUACCAUCUCAUAUGAGUUGGCACUAACAAUUGUGUAACAGACGACGAGAUUCAUGAGCCUGGUGACUGAUGAAACAACACAUAAACAUGAUUAUGUAGGUAUGACUAGAAUAAAAGUCAUAAGGGUAUGGGUGUGGGUGUUGGUGUGGGUGUGGGGUGUGAGUGUUGAUCUUCUCUUUUCAUACUCACACCCACACCCACACCCCCACCCCCCACCCACACCCACACUCACACCCACACCCACACCCACACC